AUGAAUAUUCACUUGAGUAUUAUCACAUUAACUUGGUUGAUAGUGUCAUUAGCUUCAUAUGUCACAUCUCAACCAGACAUUUUCAAUAUAAGAACAUAUGGUGCACCUAAUGGAGACAUAACCAAUGCUUUGAAGAGUGCUUGGAAAGAGGCAUGUGCAUCAAAAAUUCCAAGUAAAGUAGUGGUUCCAAAUGGUUGGUACAAGUUGCAACAAAUAGAUCUUGAAGGACCUUGCAAUGCUCCAAUUGAAGUUCAAGUUCAUGGGAUGAUUCUAUCACCAAAAAAUCCUUACAACCUCAAUGGACAAGAUCAAUGGGUUAGAUUUAAAUAUAUUAAUUUCCUUACUUUAUCGGGUAAAGGAACAUUUGAUGGUCAAGGUGAAAUGGCUUGGAAGAAAAAUGAUUGUGGAAAAAAUACCAAUUGCAUAAGGUUUGCCAUGAAUUUUGGUUUCUCUUUCCUCAACAAUUCACUUAUUAAAGACAUAAUCUCAAAAGACAGCAAAUAUUUUCAUGCCAAUGUUUUUGGAUGCAACAAUGUUACAUUUAAUAACUUCAAUGUCAAUGCGCCCGAAAACAGUCCAAAUACUGAUGGAAUUCACAUUGGAAGAUCAACUAAAAUAAAUAUCAUUAACUCGAACAUUGGCACCGGCGACGAUUGCAUCUCUCUCGGCGAUGGUUGCAGAAAAAUCGUCAUUCGAAAUGUGACAUGUGGACCAGGGCAUGGUUUUAGUGUUGGAAGCUUAGGAAAAUAUGAUAAUGAAGAACCAGUUGUUGAUCUCACAGUGAAAAAUUGCACGCUAAAUAAUACAGAUAAUAGUGUGAGGAUCAAAACAUGGCCUGGUACUUCAGUUAUUUCUAUUGCAUCUCAUAUGCAUUUUGAAGAUAUUGUUAUGGUUAAUGUUAGCAAUCCGAUUAUUAUUGAUCAAGAGUAUUGUCCUUGGAACCAGUGCUCAAAAAAGAGUCCAUCAAAAAUAAAAAUAAGGAAAGUGCUCUUCAAAAAAAUUAGAGGAACUUCUGCAACUCAAGAAGGAGUGACUUUGAUUUGUAGUCAGGGUGUGCCAUGUAAAAAUGUGGUACUCAAUGACGUAGAUUUAAGUUUCAAUGGGUCUAAAGUAACUGCUAAAUGUUUAAAUGUAAAUCCCAAAAUUCGAAGAAAAGCACCCAUUUGUAAAUACAAUAGAUAG